AUGGCCGUUCAUCAUCUUACACCUCCUUGCUGCCUGCCCUGCUGUUCCCUUCUGUCUGCUGUGCUGCCUCCCCUUGCUGUCUCCUUGCUGUCUGCUGUGUUUCCCUGCUGCCUGCCCUGCUGCCUCCCUUUCUUACCGUGCUGCCCUGCUGCCUUCCCUUCUGCCGAAUCACCUCUAAUUCAGCAGGCCAACGACUCAACCCCACCACCUCUCCAUAUUCCUCCUGCUGCUGUUGCUGCUUCCUCCUCUCCCUGUGCUCCCUGCCUCUGCAGGUCGUUCAAAGCAGCAGUGCAGCUAUUCUGGAUAGCAGGCCAACGACUCAACCCCACCACCUCUCCUGCGGCUUCGUCUGCUGCCUCUUCUGCUCCUGCUACCGCUGCCCCUGCUUCUGCUGCUACCUCUUCCCCAACUCCCACCAUCACCCCUCCCAGCCUUCACCCUGAACCCCUCGUCUCCCACCUGUUGCACUGCUGGGGUGUGUCAAGGAGGGGCAAGGGGGCGGCAGCAAGGAGAGCACGAGAGAUGGUGGCAUGGGAGCAGGCACACGUGCCACACUGCUCACGUCUCCCCCUGCUCCCAUCCCCCUUUGUCCCCUGGGACCUCCUCGCCUCUCUUCUCAACCUCGCCAAGCAAGCUGCCUCUCUUCCCUCCACUGCCACUCCUUCUGCCAGCACCGCUGCUGCUACUACUGCAGCAGCAAACGCCCCCACUAAUACUUCCCCCUUGCCAUCUGCCAGCCUGCCUGCCUCGCUCCACUCGUCCCUCGCCCUCCUCGUCUCUCUUCUUCUCUCAGAGCUCGUCCCCUGCCACGUCUCCUGCUCGGCUCUCUCCCUCUUGCUCCUCGAAGACUCACCCCUUCCCUCGUCUGCUGCAGCUGCCAAAAGCUCUGGCCAGCAGGAGCAGCAGCAGAAUCGCGAGCAGCAGCAGCAGGGGCAAGAAGGGCAAUUGAGUGCAGAGGAUUCUAUACGAGAACUUUCAACUCAGCAGUUGCAAAUCCUCUCCACCUGCCUCCGCCACAUGCUCACUUCCUCACUCCCUACCAACCAGCAGCAGCAACUCAAUCUCACCCCCAGGCGCACCACACUUCCCUCCCCGUCCUCCUCUCCUUCCUUCCUCCUCUCCCCUCUCCUCCCUCCUCCUGUCUCGUCCAAGCAACAAGGGUCAGAGUUGCAGGUUUGGCAGCAGGGCAAGCGGGAGCAACUAGGGACCGGACAUCUGCAGCAGGGAGAGGAGGAGGGAGAGGAAGAGAGAGCAGAGGAGCAGAUAAGAGGUGGUGGGAGGCAGUGGAGUCAGGUGCAGCGGGUGCAGGAGGGGUUGAGAAGGAUGCAGCAGGAGUUGCAGCAGCGGUUGGCAUUGUCUGCUAUGGUCACUGCGGCCUUGUGUCACGGCGAGGGAAGAGGGAAUGAGACGGAAAGGGCAGGGAGGAACCACGCAGCAGGUGGGGGGAAGGCAGCAGGGAGGGGGGCAGCAGCAGGGAGGGGGACAGCAACGGAACCCUCAACCACGGAGGGAGGGAGGAACAAAGCAGCAGGGGGGGAGGCAGCAGGGAGGGAGGCAGCCGGGGGAGAAUCGGCAGCAGGGGCUAACGAAGCAGUAAGGGGGUGCAUGGAGCGGGCAGCAGUCAAUUGGUGCCAUUGGGUGCUCUCUCAUACCACACACACUGCUACCACUGCUGCUGCUGCUGCUACCACUGCUGCUGCUGCUGCUGCCGCUGCUGCUGCAGGUGGUGAUGAUGCCGGUAGUGUAGGUUUGAAUACGGGCACACAGGAGCAGACCAGGGCAACGGGAGCAACUGUCCUAGUGCAUCCCCUUCUCACGACCUGCGCGCUUACAUUUGCACAUCGGUCAGGACUUACAACCCCAGCCACGAUUCCCUCCCUUCCCCACACCUCCCUCUGCACCAUCACGCUAAAGCCAAUCAAUGCCACCCAGACGGUGUGGCAUUGCUUGUCCUGUAGCCGCCGGAUCUCCACUGAAGGCAUGCUCUGCCUGGACGCUUGCCGCCCGUUCUUCCUGCCCUCGGGCAGGCAAAACUUCUGGGUCCGGGCAGAGGCAUGGGCAGAACGUUUAAAAGAAGCCUCUGGAAUAUCAGCUGAAGCAGCAGCUGAACCUGAAGAGGAGGUAACAGCAGCAGCAACAGUAACCACCACCAUGCCUGUUUGCCCGUACUGUGCGGUGCAAGCUGUUGCUCCCACCCCACGUGCCCUGCUGUCUCUCUCGCUUGUGUAG